AUGGCGUCCCAGGGCGGAAUCCUAUUUCAGGAAAAGGUCAGCAGGUUGCUCUGCAAACAGAAUAAAAGACCUGUACUGAAACCCAACAAAGCUCUUGUCCUGAGAGAUUCCGUGACCAGCCGCAAAGCCAAGAAAGGAGAGGCCACCUGUAUCACAGAGUUGUCAGUCAUGAUGGCCUGUUGGAAACAGAACAACUUUGUGGACAGCCUGUGCUCCAAAGAAAUGGCCGAUUUCUACUCGUGUGUCGAAAAAGCUCAGGUUUCAAUGAAAAAUGGCGCAGGAGAAACAAGCAUUCAAGGAGGACGUCUGACACCAAAACAAACCAACACCCUGUUGAAAAGAUAUCCCACGCUACGAUUUGAAAUCUAGGAAUAUGAGUGUCUUUUGUUUGACUUGAAAUGUACAACAUCCAAAAGAGUCUGAACCCUGGAACAAUGUUUCGCCAUUUCAAGGUACGUAACUCGGUCAAAUCCAGGGCUGUUAAACUUAUUUGUUUGCGAUUUGGCUUCACUCGGACGGCCGUCACAGUGACACCAAAUGUUGAAUUGUCUCAUCAACGUCAAGGAUAGAAGUUUGUUCAAUUAUCCUUUGUAACCAUGAUGAUGUUGCGGCCUAGUCAGACAACAUUUGAGCUGAGCAUAAAACUCGUGAGAUGUCUCAAUGUAUUUUGUUCAAAAAAGAAGUGGAUUGUAUUCAAUUCGUUUAAUGUACCCUUUUUUAGAGCUGUCAUUUUAAUAUUGUGACUAGUUUUGCUCAUUUCAUCCAACACUUAGCAUCAUGCCUGCUUGGUACUUGCUUCACAUUUACUUCAGACUUCUGACUUGUUUUCACCUCUAGCUAGGUCUGUCAUUAAAACUCAUUAUAUAGGCCCUUUCAGCAGUGUACAGUGCUAAUAAAUUCAAACAAAAUG